CGUCAAUGUGACAAAUUUUAUAUUAAACUGGUUAUAUGCUUUAUACAGAAAUGAUUCAGAAGAUUGAAAGAAAAGGAUAAAAAUGUGUUGUAGUAAUUAAUACAAUUAAAAUUUUAAUGAGAUAAUCAGAUAAGCGGCUUAUGUCAUGUUUAGUAUGUGCGGUGUAUGCUCUUAAAUGUGAUAUUUACAUCAACUGGGAUAAAUUAAACUGUGGAUCCUUUUAAAUUGAAAGUACAUAGUGCUACGGUGAUUAAUGAUUUCUAAUUUGCAACAAUAUGUUAAUAAUAAGUUACAACUUUUUUAAAAUAUUUUUCUGCAACUAAUUUUUGUAGCAGCAGUGAUAGUAGUGCUAACAUAUUUACGAAAUGUUUGCCUCACUAAAAAACAAGAUACGUGAAGAAACUGGCAGUGAUAUAUCGAAAUUGACUGCUAAAUUAGCUUCCUCAACUACACAAAAAUUCGAGUCACUGAGAGGAAGAGGAUCUUCUUCAAGUGUAAAUUCUUUGAUUUCUUCAGAUGGAGCCAAAGACGAAGGAUGUGAUGCUUUGAAGACAGAUGAUGAGUUAAAGAAGAAAAAUGCAAAAUUUGAAUUAGAGUUGUCUAAAAAAUUUGAAGAAAAACAAAAAGAGUGGAAAGAAAGCUCACUGGAGAAGGACAAGAAAGUGCAAAAUUUAGAAAAAGAAAAGUAUGAAGCUUAUAAGCAAAUAUCAAAAUUAAAAGAGGCUUUGAAACUAGCAGAGGAUUUUAAAAAUAAAAUAUUACAACAAAAGGAGAAUAAAGAACAAGUGGAAUGCUUUCAGUCUCAGGAACUAGUGAAAAUCAAAAAUCUCAUUCUUCAGAGAGACCAAGAAUUGGCUGAUAAAAACCAAAUCAUUAAGGACCUGAGUCAGCAGCUUGAUAAAUUGAAAAAUGAAAUAGGUCGGCUAAGAAGGCAAGAGGAAAGACUAAGUGACAUUCAGGAUGAUUUGGAAAGUUUAAGGCAUUCUAGCGCCCGAGAUAUGGCAGCAUUAGCUACAGAAUUGGCAAAAAGUGAAGAGGACAGGCGAUACCUUACAGAUCUAGUAUCUAUAUUAAGACAACGUUUGUCGGAAGAGGAAGAAGAUAAUGAUGGGGAAUCAAACGGUCUUCAAGAAAGAAAACUGUUGGAGCAACGCCUCGAAGAGGUUCAUUUACAUCUUGCUGACAUCAAAACUUCGUGGAGCGACAAAAUUGCUUCACUUGAAACUCAGGUAGGGAGAUUGAAUAGACAAGCUGCUGAAGAAGCUGCCGAAAGAAGAAGAGCAAUUAAGGAGAAGGAAGCUCUAGAAGAGAAAGUUAAACAGCUAGAGUGUGAAUUAGAAUGCAAUUGCUUGGAAUUAAACAACAAAGAAAGUAAAGUACUAAGACUUACUGAAGAAAUAGAAGAAUUGGCGAAUGAAGUUAAACAUUUAAGAGCCGAAUCUGAAGAAGAAAUUACUUUUUUAAGACAAAAGCUUCAAGAUGCGGAAACGGAAGUUAAGGCUGUAAGAAAAAACCUGGACAACUCGGAAUCGCAGCUUGAGAAAACUGAAGAAGAACGCAGUAAAUUAAAGAUAUCUGUCGAUUCUGAACAUCAAACUAAUGUCACAUUGAGGCAAAUAAUUACUAAAUUAGAAAAAGAAUUAAACGAAGAAAAAAGUAAUUCGUUAGAUGUACAGAAAACUUUAAGCAGGGUUACUGCAGAAAAAAAUGCAGCCCUAUUAAGAAAUGCUGAAAUAUCGCAACAAAUAGAUCUCGCCAAGCAAGAAGCUAGAAGAAAAGGUCUAGAAUUGAACGAGCUUUCUAACAAAGUCGCACAAUUGGACGCUGAAAAUCAAAAAUACAAGGAAUUGGAAAGCAAAAAUAUUGAGCAAGAACUGCGUAAUAGCAUCACAAGACUUGAGGAACAGCUUAUAGAAAAAAAUAAAAAUAUAAAGACUUUGCAAUUGCGACUUUUGGACAUGAAGAAGGCUCUUCAGCAAGAGCUACGUGCCCCUUCCAAAGAUCCGUUUACCGACUACUCAGAUUCGAAUUCAGUGGCGAUUUUAGCACCUAGUCAAAACUUGACCAGAAACUACCACAACAGUCUAAGAAAGGACGAAGAUGACAUCAACUUCAAAUAUCUUAAACACGUGGUGAUAAAAUUCUUGACCAGUAGAGAGUACGAGGCGAUCCAUUUGAUCAGGGCGAUAGCAACACUUUUGAAGUUUUCGCCUGAGGAAGAAAAAUUAAUUCAGGACACAUUGGAAUGGAAAAUGUCAUGGUUUGGAAAAUCUCGACCUAGCAUCGGAAAUGGACAGCUCGCUAAGGCUAUUCCACCUAGCUGAUGGUUCUUUUGAAACUGGACAAAAGAUCGUCGUAAGUUGUUAAAAUACCAUUUGAACAGGCUAAAGACAAUUAACUGAAAAACAAGUUACAAAGAACAGUGUAAUUUUUUUAAUGUUUGCACUACUGUUUGAGGAUUACGGUUUGUGCUUGUUGAUUAGAAUGGAAGAUUUUGAGAAACAUUCGAAUGAAUUCAAUUAUUUGUGAUAUGGUUUUUUGUCAUUUAAGGACUGGUAUGGUGUUUCUAUUAAGAGUAAAAUGAUCAGUAUUUUCUACAUUUUCAUAUCCAAUAUAACGUCUCAAUUUAUACCAUUUUCAUUGAGAGACCAUUAGAAAAAGUAAUUUGUGUUUUUACAUUUAUAUCUAGUGUAAAUAAUAGUUGAUAGUAUGCAUAAAGUUGAGUGUUAAGUAUAAUCUUAUACAAAUACAAGAUUUUACUCAGUACUUAACUGUUUGUAUACCACCUAUCAUAAAAUAUUUGUUUAACUAUUCAUAAUAUUUUUAUGCAUUCUAUUAUUUUAAGAAGUAAAUCAUACUAUCUUACAAUUAUUCAUAAAAUGAAAGUUUUCUGUUCAUAAACAUAGAAAAUACUAUAAAGUUCUACAAUUAUUUAUUAAUAAGUGGCCAAAAAAUGCAUUGCAAUUGUAAGAUAACUUGUAAAUUUCCUGUACAAUUUUUGUAAGCUUGCUUUACUUAUUUAUAUCGCUGUUUUCUGAGCUGAUAAUACUAUAGUUGUUACCUCUAUUGAUUUAUUCUUAAAAAAAGACAUUCACUAUU